UUUAGAAAAAAAAAAUUAUUAGUUUCGAAUUAUUUUAUUUUUAUUUUGGGGAUUUUUGAAGAAAAUAAAUGAAAGGCGAUUCCACCGCUACCGGUGUACAUCCGCUGUUUAAGCACUUUUCCGACCCCAGCUCCGCCGUCACCGACGGCUCCACCAUCGAGGUGGUGCGGCGGCCGAGGGGUCGACCGCCGGGGUCCAAAAAUAAACCGAAACCGCCUCUUGUCAUAACCCGGGAAAACGACUCGGCUAUGCGGCCGUAUGUUCUAGAAGUGCCUGGAGGAAACGACGUCGUUGAAGCAAUUUCGCGAUUUUGUUGUCGGAAGAAUAUGGGUCUUUGUGUUCUUAACGGUUCUGGGACGGUUGCGAAUGUUUCUCUCCGGCAACCCUCUGCAACUUCCGGCGCCGCCGUCACGUUUCACGGCCGGUUUGAAAUACUUUCCAUUUCGGCUACUGUGUUUCCUCAAACGACGACGUUUCCUCUUCCCAAUGGCUUCACCAUCUCCCUUGCUGGACCUCAGGGACAAAUCGUCGGCGGGUUGGUCGCCGGCGCCUUGAUUUCCGCUGGUACGGUUUUUGUCGUUGCCUCGUCGUUCAAUAACCCCUUCUACCACCGGCUACCGGAUCAGAAUGAGAUUCAGAAUUUGGGAUCCGGCGGCAGCGGCGAGGCUCAUUCCCCACAUGUCUCCGGCGGCGGAGAUAGUAGCGGGCACGGCCACGGGCAACCACUUCUGGAAUCGUGUGGAGUGGCUAUGUUUAGUUGCCACGCACCGUCCGAUGUAAUAUGGGCGCCGACGGCGAGACAACCGCCGCCGCCGCCGCCAUACUGAUC